GACAGACAGACAGACACACCAAAAACCAUACCUCCAUUUUUCAUGGAGCUAAUUAGUAUUUCCAUAGUGUUAUAAAAUAUAUCUGAUAUGCUGACAGUUAUUUCAGUACACAUUAGAUCCUUAUACCAGAUUUCUACUUUGGCCUUGAUAUUGCUAGCUCCAGUAAGGAUCUGCUUGGUAAUUACCAUAAGCCUUUACCAUACACAUGUGACACAUUUGUACUCUAACCACAAACAUGACAGUCUGUUCAGAGCUGCAUUGUCAAGCGAUCCCAGCACAGCUGAUAGAGGUCUCUUCUGCACCGGUGUUUGGUGCCUUGUCACUGCAACAGGUCACAACACAUGCGAGAGCAGGUAUGAUACGUAUGUGUGCUUGUGUCAAAUACGAAGCUCUCUGGUUAUCCUUGCGUUUUCCUAUGGUACAGCAAUUUCGAACUUGACCUUCCUCUCUACAACUGCCACACACCUAGUUGCCAAAUGAUGCCAAGAUCCACCAUGACAUUUCUUCACAUAAACGUUAGGUGAUGGGGCAGAGGGACCGUUCGUUUCAGGAGGUGAGGCGUCAGGAUAGGAGGGACAAUUAUAUCAUUAUUAUUACAUUUAGUGAUCUCGAGGUUCUGGUAAAGAAGAGUUUCUGUGACUGUGUCGAUGGCAUGGAUUGUAUUAAAUCAGUUACUGUAAAUUCUGUUCUUUAGAAAAUAGGAACUUCCCUGGUUCAUCGUCUGUUUUCAUUGCUGUUUUAUGUCGUGGUCAGUGGUAGUCGGUAACCUAGACCAUUACAUAAUCUGCCUUGUGUCGCUAUCUUGGGUCCCAAACCAAGAGAACGACACAGGCCAGAAAGGAAGACAGGUGGUUGAAUAGCCUAUUUAAUAGUUAGCCCUUUAUUAUUUAGAAACAUUCGACUUCUUGGUAUCGAUACAAUCACAGACACCCAAUCAAUGCAAACAAAUGCAAAGUGUACAAUUUUACAAUCAUCAUCUAUAGCACGAUGUUAGAUGUAGGGAAGCUUGCUCGAGUUAAGUUUUAUGUAUUGGCUUAAUUCCCAUAGUUAUGAGUCAGGUCAGGUCUUAUCUUUUCCGAAGAGGUUUGGAGAUGGGGUGCUGUUUAGUCGCCUUUUGUUAGCAACAUGUGCUUUGAAUGUAUUAAUUACAUCAUGUCAUUCCAGUACAGGGAUGGCUUAUACAAGUUCUGAAAUCAUUUUCUUUUGUACAUGUUUUGUUUCGUGAACUUUGAAGCCAUUUGUUCUAACUUGGGCUUGAUGUUUUUUGUGCAUUUCACCUGUAUUCUUGUAUACAUUUCAAUGCAGGUCAGAAUAAAGUAGCGUUCAGCACCAGGGACAGUGACAACAUUAUGCAGUGUGUAUGUCCUAAUACAUUUGUUGAAGUUUAUAUAAACAAAUCUAAUCAAAACAGCAAGAUUGGACAGUUGACAACUGUUUUAUAUGUAACAUGUAACAGUGGCACCAGUAAUGUAGACUAAUUAACCUAUUUCCAUAUGCAUUCUGCGGCUUACUACUUGGCACCUGCUACUACGUGUAGGUAGCCAAGCCUGAAAGUAAAUAAAUCAUUCUCAGAAAACUAUCCUCAUGUUAGCCUAGCAGAGAUACUAGUAUCUGUAUCUGUAUCCGUAUCUAUAUAGCGGGCAUAACUGCCCUUCGGCGUAACACACCAGCAGUACAUGUGAAGGAAUCACAUACAUGAACACUUUUUGCACAUUUUGACAUAUUGUGUUUCAUUUCUACUUGGUUCAUAUAAUGUUGAAGAAAGGGCAGUUUUGGGCCUCACACCAUUGGCGCAGCCCUGACACGAGAGAAUUGGGAUGUACAUAAUUUAUUAACCAUUGCCAGACAGAUUGACUCAAAAGACGUCACGUAUCCAUGCCUACGACUACAGCCGACUUCCUCAAAAGGGACAUCAUGAAGAAGACAGCAAGGUAAAUGGUGGGGAGAUGAAACAGGAGCUGCCUAAGCUGACUCGUACUACAAGGUUCCCACUCGUUUCUGCCUCGUGCCUUGCUCCGACUAGAGCUACACACGACGGUACAGCUUUGUCAAUACACUCUAUAAGACACAGAGCAUCACCAACGACCAGGCAAAGGUAAAGCGGUCAAACAGUCAAAUCUCAGACUGAUGACGAAGCAUGGCGCUUUUUGUAAGCAAGUGCAACGCGGCUUCGCUGCACGUCACAUUGCGUCCAUCAACACAAUGUGAUACCAUCGUUGACUGACGAAUCCUCUGGUGAGUGUGUACUAUCUAGAUAACAAGCGCACUCCAGUUCCUGCCUGCUGAAAAUACUCAAGUCUAAAAUGUCUACAUCGAUGUCUAUCAAACUAGCCAUACUUGUUUUGAUUCUUUCGUCUAAACUUACAACACAAAACGCCACCUGCCCAAGUACCUUUGAAUGUUCCAAAAAGCCCAAUUCAUGUCUUACUUACCACAACCGUGGACAUCUUCAUUUUAUCCCCUCGCCACUACCGUUGGCUUUGACAAGACUAAGUAUAAGGUAUCAAAACAUCAUUAACAUCAAAGUGGGAGAUUUCCCUAUCCUGAAAUCUUUUCAGAGCCUGCGUUUACGAGAGUCUGGAGUUGCCAGAAUUCAACCAGCGUCCUUUGCAGGCUUGCCGUGUCUUAUAGAACUAAACCUCAGUGGUAACAAUGUCAGCAAUUUGAAAGCAGAUACGUUUAAGGGGCUGUAUAAUCUCCGUGUUUUGGACUUGAGUAAAAACAUGAUUUAUUUUGUUGACAAGGCGGCAUUUGCCGGAAUAGGUCAGCUAGAAAUCUUGGUUUUAAAUAACAACUGUCUUUCUAGCAUUCCACAAAGUAUUACAUUGCUUGAAUCACUUCGACAGUUGAAUUUUCUAAACAAUAUCAAAACUUCCCCUUUGCUUGUCGAAGACCUGAAACGUUUAUUUGUCUUGAUCAUGGAUAUAAACAAGAUAGGGUGUGACUGCAGAGAGCGGGAAGCCAAGAAAUGGCUUAUUGAAUCCCCACACACACUUCGGUGGCGUGCCGUAUGCAUUGAUGAAGCUACUGGCCACAUGAAGCCACUCAAAGAUAUUCCAUGGACAGAUCUGACAUGUUCAGCACCUCAAGUGUCUGUUCUAUUAGACAGUCCAGUUACGAAUGUCACAGGGAACAUUUCUGUCAUCUGCCAGACAAACUGCGAAGAAAGUCUCACAUUCUCGUGGAUACUACCCAGUGGCGAGCACAGCUCUUCAGAUUACCUGUAUUCCACAAACUACUCUCAUGUGAGAACAAUGCCGUGUAAAGGGUCAGAGGUGGAAAUAUCGGAAACCAAAAGAAUGUGUCACUCAGUGUUGAACAUCCCUGUAGCUGACAAUACCACAGCAGGCAACUACACUUGCAGGGUGGCGACAAACUAUACGGAAUCCGCGACAGCAUCAGUGGUACUAACAAUCAGCAGUGCUGCAAGGCUGCCAGACAACGUGGUUACCACAGGACUUGAAAAUAUUGACGGAAGUACUGCUAAAACAACGACAGUCAUGUACAUGAUAUUGCUACAUGGGGAGGAUAAUUGGAACGAGUCUGGACUGUCUGCUAAUGCGGUCCUCUGGACCGGACUGGUUACCUUCUUCUGUUGUUGCCUUAUGUUUGGACUAUCUCAGCUGUGUUUUAUCAAAUGUAGAUCAGUGUCAGAGGAUAAUACUGGACAUAGCGACACUGUGGAAAGACAGUACGAAAAUGCCGACCAGUUUUCAGAUGGAACUCACGACACAAGCAGACGUGAAAACGAAGACCAGUUUCCUGACUCAAAUAAUGAUACAAACAGGCACUACGAAAACGAUGACCAGUUUUCAGACGGAAAUGAAGAUACAAACAGACACUAUGAAAAUGACGAUCAGCAUCCUGGCUCAAAUUAUGAUACAAACAGGCACUACGAAAACGACGAUCAGUUUUCAGACGCAACUAAAAAUGCAAACAGACACAACGAAAACAACGAUCAGUUUCCUGACUCAAAUAAUGAUACAACCAGACACAACGAAAACGGAAAUGAAAAUUCGAAAGGACACUAUGAAAACGACGAUCAAUUUCCGGACACAACUAAAGUUGCCAAUGGGCACUACGAGAAUGAUGACCAGUUUUCUUUUGAAGUCGGAGCCAAGAAGAGGCCCAACGAAAAUGGUGACCAAUUUGUGGACGAAGAGAAGACAUUGGGAAUACACUAUGACAAUGAAAUCGGCGCAAAAUCUGCCUUCAAGGCAAGCCCCCCGUAUGAGGCACCUGUUGCAGUACAAGAAAUGACAUCAGCCGUGUACAACACUACAUAUAUCAGUCCUGAGGAACAGCAAGGGCAGAUAGUACAAAUUGAGGGACAAGUAAUAGCCAACAACCCUGCACAGGAAUAUGUGACGUUUCCUGACAGUCAAAAGACCGCAGAGAAACAAUAAGGUGUGACAUAAAGGAUUGUGACGUCAUGGAUUCCGCUGAUACAAAAAAUAGAUGACGUAUCAGGUCACGGACAUUUCCCACUACCCGCAGUACCUACGAACAGGAAACGGAAACAGGAGGACAUAGAAUUAGGUGAUGAGAAGUAUACAAAGUUCCAGAAUCGAUUGCUCCCUUUUCAGGUAGAAAUGGUUGCGGGACAUUGAAAUGUUCCCGAGACAUUUGCACUUGAUAAUUAUGCUAUAACUAAUCUUGAAUCAUCAAAGCCUCUAUUGUUUGAUCAGCAAGUCUACUUAAUCAAACCAUGAUGUUGACGACCUACAUCAUGAGCAUAUCUUUUUAUGUACAAAUCAUACACUUAUAGCUUUGAUAGAAUGGUAAGUGUCCAUCUCUUUUAGAACACGAACGUGUAUUGAUGGUUUUAAGCACCAAGGACAGACUUAGUUGUUCGUGUAUUGAUAGUAUUCAGCACCAAGGACAGGCUUAGUUGCUCAUGUAUGUAUUGAUGGUUUUCAACACCAAGGGCAGGCAUAGUUGUUCAUAUAUGUAUUGAUGGUUUUCAGCACUAAGGACAGCCUUACUUGCUCAUGUAUUGAUGGUUUUCAGCACCAAGGACAGGCUUAGUUGCUCACGUAUUUAUUGAUAGUGUUUAGGACCAAGGAAAGGCUAAGUUGCUCAUGUAUUUGAAAGGACCAGGUCUGACCACAUAUGGGGGUCUUGGCUCUGGUUAAUGUUGCAUAAUUGAUGACAAACACAAUUAGUACACCAGUCAUUUGGUGAAGGUAUGGGGUCGUGGAGCUCUAGUUUAUGAAGUUACAGGUGGUAUAUACUUCAAUAUUUAAUCAUUUGUGUGGAUUGAAAACAAUCAACCCAAUGGACAUUUUCUUGCUCUCUAUAUUCACUUCAUUCUCUACUGAUACAAUUUGGUCUUGGUCAGAGUGAAGACAAUCUACCACAAAAGGACCACUUCACAAGAAAUAGUGUGGGGUGUCAGUGAUGUUCAAACAAAAGAUCCAAGGCCUGCCCAAUGGUAAAUGAACUAAAAUCAAAUGCAAGGGUGUGCAUGAAGAAUGCGAAGUAAACUGCAGUUCCACUUAUCACUAUUGCCCACUUUUGAUUAUCUAAUAACAGAAAAAUAAGACAAAGUUGUUUGUAGCUCUGAUUAGAGUAUUUUUCUUGUUUCAUAUGCAUUGAUUUGCAUUAAUUGUGUGGUAAAGUACAAACAGGAUGCAUUAUCAGAAUAUUUCUUGUCACCCACAUAUACUCCAAGUCUGAAAUAGUUUUUUGAUGAACAAUGGUCUUAUCACUUGUUGACAUUACAGAGAUGACAGAAAUACCAAGUCAAAAAUAAGUGCUGGAGUUUGCACAAUACUGGAGUUUGCAUAAUAGACAGUAUUUGAAGACUGUCCCUCUUUCCUGCUUAAACUUCUUGGUCUCCAGAAAAACUACA